CAUUUUUAAUAUCAAGUCCGAGAUGCGGUAAAAAGCAUUUUUCACUCUGUCUUUAGUGUGCGUCUUUGCUCUUUUAGUGUACGCACAGCUGGAGGUAAUACAGGCGCGUGUAGAAGAACUGAGCGCUGAGCAUGGCGGGUUCAGGUGGCCCAGUGGCCACUUUCUCCGUCUGGGAUUACGUGGUGUUCGCCGGCAUCAUUUUGGCGGCAGCGGGCAUCGGCCUUUUCCAGGCCAUCCGGGGCCGCAAGGAGACCAGCAGCGCCGAGUUCUUGCUGGGGGGACGGCAGAUGACCGCCGUGCCGGUCGCCAUGUCGCUCACCGCCAGCUUCAUGUCCGGCAUCACGGUCAUCGGCACGCCCACCGAGGCCUACCGCUUCGGUUCGGCCUUCUGGCUCUUCGGCUUCUCCUACGCCAUCAUGUCCGCGGUCACGGCCGAGAUCUUUGUGCCGCUCUUCUACCGACUGGGGAUCACCAGCGCCUACGAGUACCUGGAGCUGCGCUUCAGCCGGCCCAUCCGGGUUAUCGGGACCUCCAUGUACAUCGUGCAGACGAGCCUCUACACCGGUUUGGUCAUCUACGCUCCCGCUCUUGCACUCAAUCAAAUCACAGGACUCAAUCUCUGGGGAGUGCUGGUGGCUACAGGAGCCGUGUGCAUCAUCUACUGCACUUUGGGCGGUCUGAAAGCCGUGAUCUGGACGGACGUGAUACAGAUGGUCAUCAUGCUGGCGGGCUUUGUGGCCGUCAUAGCCAGAGGAGCUGUGCUGCAGGGAGGCCUGACGAAGAUCUGGGAAGACGCCGGCCGAGGAGGCCGACUGGACGCCUUCGAUUUCGACCCAGAUCCUCGGAGGCGCCACACCUUCUGGACCAUUGUGGUCGGCGGCAGCGUCAUGUGGGUGUCGAUCUACUCCAUCAACCAGUCGCAGGUGCAGCGCUACAUCUCCUGCAAGACCCUGGGACACGCCAAGAUGUCUCUGUACGUCAACCUGGUGGGCCUGUGGCUAACUGUGAGUCUAGCUGUGUUUUCGGGCCUCACCAUGUUCUCCAUCUACAAGGACUGUGACCCCCUGGCCAACGGGGACAUAGGCACCCACGACCAGCUGCUGCCUUACCUGGUGAUGGACAUUUUGUCGGACUACCCCGGGAUCCCCGGCUUGUUGGUGGCCGCUGCGUACAGCGGCACCCUCAGCACGGUGUCUUCCAGCAUCAACGCCCUGGUUGCCGUCACCGUGGAAGACUUUAUUCUUCCAGUAUGCAAAAACCUCACAGAGAAGCAGGUGACCUGGAUGAACAUGGGCCUGAGCGUGUUCUUCGGCGCCCUGUGUAUCGGGAUGGCGGGAAUCGCCUCGGUGAUGGGAAGCGUUCUGCAGGCGGCUCUGUCCAUCUUCGGCAUGAUCAGCGGGCCUCUGCUCGGCCUCUACCUGUUGGGCAUGCUGUUCCGCACGUCCAAUUCCACGGGCGGGCUUGUGGGGAUGACCCUGGGUCUGCUGUUGACUCUGUGGGUGGGGAUCGGAGGCCAGAUUUUCCCACCAACGGCUGACAUGACAAUUCCUCUCAACAUCAGCAUCGCGGGCUGCAACAACACGAUGGGCCAAAACUACACGACGAGCGCGCCGUGGACCAGUGCAGCGCCCCCGACCUCGCUGCCCGAUGUGAGGCCUCCUCUGGCCGACUCCUGGUACUCUCUGUCCUACCUGUACUUCUCUCUCUUGGGUACCCUGACCACCGUUGUGUGUGGCCUGCUGGUGAGCAUGAUCACAGGUGGAUGCAAGCAAGAAAAAAUGAACCCGGAACUGUUUGUGAGGAUGAGCGACUUCAUCUGCUUCAGCUCUUCCAGUGAAUCAGAGGCUUCCGACAUCCCAGAGAAAGCCGCAACAGACAUUCACUUGAACGCUGACAACUCCACAUUCAAAGACUUUGACCCGAUGAGUAAAGAUGCAGAAAAGGCCACCAAACUGUGAUGGAAAUACAAAAACAUCAAGUGGAAAAAAUACACAAGCUGUCCUAUUCAUGUUACCCCACUGCUCCAGUUACUUUUGCAGUUACUCCUCUGAGGGAGACGGAACACUCCGUCCCCUUUCACCCUGUGUGUACUUAAGGCUCCUGUUUGAUGAUUAGUCUGUAAUAAGUACUUGAUCACAGACCAGCUUAAGAUACAUUUGAUACCUUACAAGGAGCGCCUUUUGUAAUAACACAAGGUUUUGCUGAGCUGACCCUUUUUCCUGUUUAGCAAAGCGCAACUUGACUCGUUUGCUCUUUGUUCAAUUGUUCCACUUGCUAUCUUUAUCUUCAGUGUAUUACUAACAAUCCUCCUUUAUUUCAUCAUAGUCACAAUAUAACAAUCUGUGCCAAGUGUUUUCUUGUGCUGAAGCAACAGUGGCCAUUUGUUUUUGACUUUCUGUGUAACGCCUACUUUUUAUGCCUGGAAAUUGUGCAAUCUUUAAGAACUACCUGUAUGAAUUCUUCACAAAUUAUACUUAGUUAAUAAACCUUUUGUACUAAGUCCAA